AUGUCAGUUGUUAAAGCAUGGUCAAGUUCGGAUGUCCUUGCAUUUCUGGAUGAGCAUGGAUUAUCAUCGUUCGCAUCCAAAUUUAUCGUCAGUCACGAAGCUUGGAGAAAACAUCUACAACGUAAACAUGGAUCGGAGCAGCUAGAAACAUUGUUGAACAAUUUUUCGAGAUUAUUUCAGUCGAGUGAAGAUGCGCACGAUAAUUUUUUAUGUUCAGAAAAUGCAGUCUCACUCGAGGAUAAUCCUUCUCAAAACAGUGAUACCGAAGUACAACAAUCGUAUCCUGUAGAAGAUUUGAACAAACUUUAUUUACAUCAUUUGCUACAACUAAAAGGUGAAGCUAUGUUAAGUGCUAGAACAACUCAAUUAGUUAGCAGUUCGUUAGAAAACGUUGUUGAGAGCAUUGUUGAGUCAGUUUUACAAACAUGUGCUAUUUCACGAGAUAGUCCCGAAAUUCAGCAUUUGUUAGGUUCUAUAAUGAUAGCACUGGUUGAAUAUGUUUAA